CAUGGUCAUUGGUCUAUGGUGAUCUAUUAGAUCUGUGAAUUUAACAAUAUUUUGGUGAAAAAUAGAGAUAAUAUGGUUUGUUGAUAAAGAAGCUCAGAAUGUCGAUGAUUGAGCCCCAGUUUCUGAGUUUCAUAAAAAAGUUAGAGGAAAACGGCGACAGGCUUACUCCGGGGACUCCAGUUAUAGACCAGCAACAAGAGUUCGAGUUCAAUAAUUCAAGUUGCUACAUAUGCAAUGGUUACUACGGACCCAGUUUUGGAGAGCCAGUGUGCGUGACUUGCCAUGCUUUCCUCUUCCCUGACUUCCCAUCAUACCUGCCGAGCUCAUACUUCAGUAGCGAGAAGACUGACGAUGGAGAUUCAGGGAAUGAUGAGCCAUCAGACUUGAAUUAUAGUGCUGAGAGGAAGGUGAACAAGGCCUGCCCAUUGCCAGCGUGGUGGUAUUACAGAAAUUCUCUGGACAGUGAAACCAGUCCUGAAGAUGAGACAAGCCGCACUAGCAACUCAGGGCCCGGCGCCAGCGGGAGCUGCAGCGGGGGUAGUGGGUCAGGGCCUCCCUCUGCCCCCAGGGAGGGUGUAGAGGACCUGGUGGGUCAAGGUCCUCCUCCACAACCCCCCAGUCUCGCUCGGUCACUACAAGCAUUGUCCACGCCACGGUUACCUGAUAAUCUUGCUGGUGGACUUGUAGAACAUUUGCCUUCUGAAGUGCUCCUGUGCAUAUUCCGCUACCUGGACGAUCUGUCACUGUGUGCGUGCGCAUGUGUGUGCGUGCGCUGGCGGCGCCUGGUGACGGCGCGCGUGCCGCCGCCGCGCUGGGCUGCCUUCGUGGCGCGCCGCUGGCCGCUCUUCCGCCCUCUGCUCAACAAGAUCGACUGGCACAAGAAGUACCAGGCGCUGGUGGAGUCGUGCUUCUGCCGGAACUGCCUGGUGCAGAUGUGCGUGCAGGCGCAGCCGCCUGGUGAUGAGAACGCCUGGCGAAGGAACCGACUCAAGAUCGAGCUGAAGAUGCUCCGCAACGACCCGCCGGAGGGCAUCGCGGCGACGCCGCUGGACACGAAGGGCUGCCACUGGCAGGCCAGCGUCACGGGGCCCGUGGGCUCGCCCUACGAGGGCGGCGUCUUCUACCUCUACCUGCAGGUGCCCUACUCGUACCCCAUGAACCCGCCCGUGGUGCGCUUCCUGACGCGCAUCCUGCACCCCAACGUGUCGCGCCACGGCGACGUGGGCAUCGACUCCGUGCACCACAACUGGUCCCUGGCGCUCACCAUCUCCAAGGUGCUCAUUUCCAUACAGAGCCUGCUCACGGACCCCUACACGCCGGUAUGCAUGGAGCCGGUGCUGGGCAACAUGUACGUGCGGGAGCGCGCGCGCUUCGAGGCGCUCGCGCGGCGCUGGACGUGGCGCUACGCCAUGCACGAUAUGUUCUCAUAGACACUGGCGGACUCAUUCUACUCAACCAUGUCUUAUUAUUCCACUAUUUAAGAGCAUAUUCAAAAGAAGUUACUGUUUUACACGACUGCCCAAAAAAACCGAUCAACGCACGCACGCGAAAGUUCCGUACCAUCUUUCAAGAUGCAUUUUUAAUUUGAAUGGUGGCCAUUUUGAAAUUCGCAAUCUCGGUUUUUAUUGUUUGUCGUUAUAGCGGCUAUAGAAAUACACUGAAAAUUUGAACUUUCUACUUAUUGUGGUUCAUGAGAUACAGCCCGCUGACAGACAGAUGAACGGACAGUAGAGGCUUAGCAAUAGAAUCCUGUUGCCAACCUUCGGUUAUGGAACCUAUGAAAGGAGUGUAAUGUCUAUGUAGGGUUCAUGUAUGUAUGUAUGUGAGUUUUUUGAUUCCAAUAACUUCUAAAUGCAUAAACAGAUUUGGAUGUAUGGGAUAUCGUUAGAAUCCUUACAACUUCCAGAGUGAGGCUGGCUAUAAAUUUUAAAAAAAAAUUCAAUAUGGCAGGGCAGUCGUGAAAUGAAAUGAAUUGUUUUUUAAUUUUGAACUAGCUUGUUUAUUGGCAUUACUUGGUUAUAUGAACAAUAAUCCAAAAUCCAGACAUGACACUUAGGCUGAGAUUUAUAGAACUACGUUGAAAUAUUUUAGACCUGAGUUUUAGUUAAAACGAGAUGGAUUUAUGUCAGCGAUAUAACGCUAUCUCGUUCUGACAAGACAGCUUUAAUAUUAAGGACGCUCUGAAGCAUGUUUCGGUUUUCGGUAUAUCGCCCUAUAUGGCAUUGAACAUGUGUUUCGUAAGAAAAUACCGGUGCUCACUCGGUUGUAAAUAAUCUGUAAAUUGACGGGUCUAAUAUAGUGUUAUAUAACUUUCGCAGUGUUCUACGGAAUAGGAUAGCAUUACGUACCGUACAAUUACAUAUUCACCACCGCUAAUAAUGAAAUUAAUGUGGCGUUUCUUACGGCGCAAGAUAACGGUAAAUCUUACCCGUUCUUUAGCCUUCCUCAUCCAGCUACCUCCCGUCAGCCUCUUUACAUCGUCGGUCCAUCGUUCCACACUACGCUUUCUUAUACCCGGUCCCUGGAAGACUUUCCAGCUGCAACGGCCAUCGCCUCUACGACAGGCAUGGCCUACCCACUGAUUGACUUUGAAUUUGUGGACGAGCACCAUACGUAAGGACGGGAAGGAUACACUGGUUAAAGACUUUUGUCUUUUACCAGUGUGUCCGGGUGUAGUGGCGCUCUUUAGGGGAAUUAUAAUCUUGUUAUUGCGCCGUUGCGAGACGAAUGUGAAAAUGGCAUCCCGGCGCGUCUUGUGGUAUAUGUAAAUGCACCAUUAUAAGUUAUGUACAGCCUGACCUAUCAAUUUAGAGAUUAUAGCCAAUACAAAUUAGCACCACUUUUAUUUGAAGUGAGAGUAGUCGGUUUAUAAAAUCAUUUUUGUAAUUAUUUAUAACGUUUUUAAUCGAACUAGGCUUAAAUUGGCAGUGUGAAAGGAUUUAGAAAUGUUGGCUGUGUAUUUGGGAAGAGACAUUAGGUGCAUGUAUGUAAAUAUUAUUAGGUUCACAUUACCCUUAAAAAUGAGAAUAAAAUGUUAGUAUGCAGUAUGAA